AUGGCCUUCGCCGGCCAAACCCCCACUAUUGUUGUCCUUAGAGAGGGCACCGAUGCCUCUCAGGGAAAGGGCCAGAUCCUCUCUAACAUCAAUGCCUGCGUUGCGGUUCAGUCCACAGUGAAAAGCACGCUUGGCCCGUACGGAGGAGACCUGUUACUUGUUGAUACCAAUGGAAGACAGACGAUCACAAACGAUGGUGCAACAGUGAUGAAGCUGUUGGAUAUCGUGCACCCGGCCGCUAGAAUCCUUACCGAUAUUGCUCGUUCCCAAGAUGCCGAAGUUGGAGAUGGAACAACAUCAGUCGUCGUUCUGGCGGGUGAGAUCUUAAGAGAAGUUCGGGAGCUGGUUGAGCAGGGCGUCAGCUCACAAACCAUCAUCAAGGGUCUACGAACUUCGAGUGCGAUGGCCGUCAACAAAGUCAAGGAGAUUGCGGUGGACAUGAUUGAUUCUGCCGGAAGUGAAGAAAAGAAGGUGGUAACCCUCCGGAGGUUGGCUGCAACCGCUAUGAACAGCAAGCUCAUCAAGCGGAACUCGGACUUCUUCACCAAGAUGGUCGUGGAUGCGGUCCUGUCGCUCGACCAAGAUGACUUGAACGAGAAAUUGAUCGGUGUUAAGAAGGUUACUGGUGGUGGUCUCCAGGACUCUCUCUUUGUCAACGGUGUGGCAUUCAAGAAGACCUUUUCCUACGCUGGUUUCGAACAACAGCCCAAAUCCUUCAGGGACCCCAAGAUUGUGUGUCUGAAUGUGGAGUUGGAACUUAAGAGCGAAAAGGAUAACGCCGAGGUCCGUGUUGAGCAAGUGUCUGAGUACCAGGCUAUCGUCGACGCAGAGUGGCAGAUUAUCUACAACAAGCUUGAGGCCAUCUACAAAUCAGGCGCCAAGGUUGUUCUCAGCAAACUUCCCAUUGGUGAUCUGGCUACACAAUACUUUGCGGACCGCGACGUCUUCUGUGCCGGUCGUGUUGCGUCAGAUGAUAUGGACCGUGUGUGCCAGGCGACUGGAGCGGCCGUUCAGUCGACGUGCACUGAUAUUCAAGAUCGCCACCUGGGUACUUGCGGCUCGUUUGAGGAGCGCCAGAUUGGUGGGGAGCGUUUCAAUCUGUUCUCCGAGUGCCCUAAGGCUAAGACAUGUACACUCGUGCUGCGCGGUGGAGCUGAGCAGUUCAUUGCCGAGGUUGAGCGGAGUUUGCACGAUGCCAUCAUGAUCGUUAAGCGUGCAUUGCGUAACACGACCAUUGUUGCCGGUGGUGGAGCCUGCGAACUAGAGCUAUCCGGCUACCUCCACCGGUAUGCCGACCGAAAUGUUCCUUACAAGCAGCAGGCGGUUGUCAAGGCGUUCGCCAAGGCAUUGGAGGUUAUUCCCCGACAGCUGUGCGACAACGCAGGCUUUGACGCCACGGAUAUUCUAAACCGCCUGCGGGUGGAACAUUACAAGGGCAACACCUGGGCUGGUGUCGAUUUUGACCAUGAGGGCGUCCGUGACAACAUGGUCGCGUUUGUGUGGGAGCCUAGCUUGGUUAAGGUCAACGCCAUUCAAGCGGCCGUGGAGGCUGCUUGCCUGAUUUUGAGUGUUGACGAGACCAUCAAAAACGAGGAAUCUGCUCAAGCCCAGGGCCCGUCGCGUGGCCUGCCGCCUGGUGCUGCACAACGGGCUCUUGGUGGAGGCCGUGGCCGUGGUAUGCCGAGACGAUAG